CAGAACAGGCAGUGUUGUCCUCUGUCACCGGAGGUUAAUUACAAUAAUAAAAAUCCCUUAAUGAUUGCUAACAGUGUCAGUCAGGCUUGGCUAUGACUGACAGCAACAGUAAUUGCUGCAAAAUAUAUACAGAUCACAGCUUUUUGGAGAAGAUAUUUUGCUCAGGAGAAAACCAAGGAUGUUGCUGUUUUUCCUAGGAUCUGCUGUGGUGGGAGUAUCCCUGGGUUACAUAAUUGUAUGCUUCAUCAUUCCCUGGCUAGUACAGUUCAGUGGCCCUUUUGUCCUGCUUUGGCAUGAAGUCAUUCUGGAGCCUGCAAUGGACUGGCUUAAAGGAUCUUCAAAACCCCAGCGUAUGCUCAGUUAUGUGCAGAGGCAUUCAAAGAGAGGAGACCCUGACAGCGUCAUCAGCACUAUUGACAUCUUCUGUCGUUCCAAGGAGUGGGCAAUGAAUGUUGGUGAUGAAAAAGGAUUGAUUCUGGAUAAGCUGAUUUGUGAAGCAAAUCCUUCAAUUGUCCUAGAGCUGGGUACAUACUGUGGAUAUUCAUCCUUGAGAAUAGCUCGCCUACUACCUCCUGGAGGACGCCUUUUCACAAUGGAGUUUAACCCUGCCUAUGCUAAAAUUGCAAAGCAGAUUAUUGCCUGGGCUGGACUGGAGAGCAAAAUACAAGUCCUAGAGGGACCCUCUGGUGACCUGAUUCCACAGUUAAAGAAAAAACAUGCAAUUGAAAAGUGUGAUAUAAUUUUCAUUGACCACUGGAAAGAUUGCUACCUUCCAGAUACCAAACUCCUUGAGGAAUGUGGCCUAAUUGGAAAGGGCACAGUCUUGAUAGCAGACAACGUCACUUUCCCGGGGACACCAGAUUACCUGGAGUAUGUGAGAAACAGUCCCCACUACAGCAGCCAAUACUUCAAAUCCUACCUGGAGUACAGCAAAACUGAGGACGGCCUUGAGAAGUCAGUUUUUCUUGGAUAACAACUUACAGAGACAGCCUCCAUUAGCACAAACAUCAAAUAAUUAGGAACAUGGCAAUUACCCAUAAAAAUAUGUUCUUAAGCUCUAAUCUUUUAUAUGCUUCUAAUAACUGUUUUUUAAAUUCUUUCUGGUAAAACAUGCAAGUCAUAAUUUCAAUAUGUCUGAAUUAACUUUUUCUCUUUUAUAUGAGGGUAUGUUUUGCCUGUUCAUGGUAUUCUUAAAAAAAAAAAAAAGACUAACAUCAAAAUGGUGGCUAAUGCAAAGUUAAACACCCUAUUGUUAUUUUCUGUAUAGUUCUGUAUUUUGCAUAUUAUACAGUAUUUUUUCCUUUGUUGAGUAGUGAAGUGGUAAUAAUUGAAGUUUGUUCUAUCAGCAUUUAACUUUAUUUUUGUAAUUCUAGAAAUGAUAGGCAGUGCAAACUUUUAUGAAAGCUAAAGUUGAACUGAGAGCACAGCUAGUUUGUUCAUACAUAUACCACAGGAGACUGUGUGUGGCAGCUCACACAAAUGACAAUUCCUGCCUGAAUCUGGAGAAUUAUUUUUUAAAGUAAAUGUAGAUAUUUCUAAAUAUUAUUCUUGGUAGUAUUUUGGGACACACAUGUAUAAGUUCACUUAUAUCAUUUGUUGAUUUUAAAUUUAAUUAUCAGCCUGGCCUCACAGUUAGGAGAUCUGGGUUCGCUUCCCGGGUCCUCCCUGCGUGGAGUUUGCAUGUUCUCCCCGUGUCUGCGUGGAUUUCCUCUGGGUACUCCGGUUUCCUCCCACAGUCCAAAGACAUGCAGGUUAGGUGGAUUGGCGAUUCUAAAUUGUCCCUAGUGUGUGCUUGGUGUGUGGGUGUGUGUGUGUGUAUCCUGCAGAUGGGCUGGCACACUGCCCGGGGUUUGUUUCCUGCCUUGCGCCCUGUGUUGGCUGGGAUUGGCUCCAGCAGACCCCCGUGACCCUGUAGUUAGGAUAUAGCGGGUUGGAUAAUGGAUGGAUGGAUUAUCAACCUGGGGUGACCUACGUUGCCUGAUGGCACCUCAGAUUCCCUUCCAUAGACUCUCCGGGUUUGUUUAUGCCUGUUCUGCUCCUGUCCUCCAAAUCUUGUGCAUAUCUUGUGCAGUCAUCCUGCUGCAUCAAACCACCUCUGCUAUGGUUCUUCUCAUUAUAUAUUGUAUUGCCUUUAUAUUAGUUCUUCCGUUCAGCUGUCACUUUUCUUUCUUGUGGGUCUUUCUCUCUUCCUCUUGUUACCACUGUAAAUUCUGCUCUUCGAGCCGUGCUCGCACUCUCACCGAAGCAGCAAAAGUCUUCUGCUUUCUCUAAAGCAUCUCCUUUGGGAAUAUCUGAAUUUACUUUUGCUUUAUCGGCAUCUAACAGCAACAAUCAUACCAUUGCAGUAAAUAUAUGUUUGUUACCUCUCAAUUCACAGCAUCAUUUAUGAUCCCACUUCCAGAAACUUAUGCAGGACAUUCUUCCUACCACCUUUACCGCAUCCUCUCUGUCUCAUUCAUCACUCCAGCCAUUCUCUUUUGCUCUUUGUUUGGAUCUAUUCUUCAUUCACUUGCAUACUUUUUUGCUUUAAUGACCUAAGCAAGAAAUGAUAGCGAUAUUUAACAUACUUACUAAUGUAAAAAUUAACUCAAAUGUAAAGGUGCUUAUUGUUAAUGUAAGGUAGAGUCUAGUGUAUGUGAGCGCUCACACAUCAACUGUACAGGUCUUUCCGUGUUUUAUGUGUAUGCAUACUGUAGAAGAAGAUGUAAAAUUUGUCAUUGUGAAUAUCUGAUUAUAAAUGUGCACACUUGGUCAUACCAUUUCAUGCUACCUCUUUGUGGCAGGCAAAACCAGGCAGUUCCUUCUCAGUAUGAUCACGAAGGUUAAAAAAUGGAAAAGAUAAACUGCUACAUUUUAUAGGCUUAUUGGGAUUGGAGGGUUAAUAUUGUCACAUGUAGGUAGUACAGUGAAAUUCUUACUUGCAAGUCACAAUUGACAUCUAACCGUUAUCUGUGCUAAAUUUGACAUAUUUUUAUUGUGAAAAGUACACUGAGCCGAAAGGCAAGGCUCAAUCGAUCACCGUUCCUACCCUAUUCUAUGGUCAUGAACACUGGGUAAUAACUAAAAGAACUCCAUUGUGGAUAUACAGUAUAUGUUUCCUUUGGAGGGUUUUUAGGCUCAGUUUUAGAGGUAGGGUGAGAAGCACAGACAUUUGGGAGGAGCUCAAAGUAGAGACACUGAUCCUCUGCUUUGAAAGGAACAGGAUAAAGUAGUUUUGGCUAGAGAGGUGGUUCAGGCAUGUCCAACCAGGGGGGAGACCAUGGGGAAGACCCAGGAUACACUGGAGAGAUAAUUUCUCUUGGCUACCCCGGGAAUGCCUUGGUUCCCCUCCAGAGGAUUUGGAGGAAGUGGCGAGGAAGAUUGAUGUCUGGGCAUCAUUGCUGACCCUACAACCUGGAUCAGUUAUAAGCAUUAGAAAAUGGCUGAUCAAGCUGUUGUGCAAAAAUUAAAUAAGUAGUGUGCCUCAAUAAUUCAAUGUGCAGUAAUACUUUAGUUAACAAAGUAGAUGAGUUAGUUAAUAAAAAUAGAUUUAAUAAUCACUGCUGCUGGGGUGGAUGCAUUGUUUAUUCUGUGGCAGUGCUGAAACUGCCAUCUACAUCCUUGGCCACCCUCUAAUAAUGUUCUUGGUUCUGUAAACUUCCAUGUUGCCACAGCUCUUUCACUGUGGCUCCACACACUCUCUUCUGCCUUGUGCACAGCCUGCACAUUCACACUGGUGGAUCUGCCUUACCCUGCUCAUCCAUGCCACGAUUCGUAAGGAGACUCACGCAGUCCAAUGGAUUUUACUAGUGGACAGGCACCUCAGAAGUGCUUACAGUUAAGGUGUGUCUGUCAGUGCCCCCCUCUUCUAUCCUCUGCACCCGUUUCUUUAAUUGCAUGGUAUCAGUCCUAUUGAUUCUUCUACAUGACAUUUCUUUUCUUCAUCUUCAUUGCUAUUUUCUAAAGAAAUUGCUUUACAUUUUCAUAACAUACUGGGCAAAUUAUACUUGGUACUUUUUAAAAUGUUAAAAUAACUACAUAAUCAUUUUGCUUUCUGCAGUAUACACAAUAUUAGUGACAGACAACGACUUGUUUAUGUUGAGGUUGAGCAAUGAGACCACAGUACUCUGGCAGACAGCUGCUUGAACUUGACACAUGCCAUAGUGAGGUUUAUGCAGAGAUCAUUAUAAAGGACCUUUAUUCUCUGAGGAUUUGUUAACCAAGGUACAGUUAGGUCCAUAAGUAUUUGGACAGUGAUACAAUUUGCAUAAUUUUGUUUCUGUACACCACCACAAUGAAUUUAAAAUAAAGCAAACAAGUUGUGCUUGAAGUGUAGACUUUCAGCUUUAAUUCAGUGGGUUUAGCAAAGGUAUUGCAUGAGCUGUUUAGAAAAGACAGGAGGACCACCUAUUUUCAGGGGCUCGAAAGUAUUUGGACAAACUAACAUAAUCAUGAAUAAUGCAAUCAUUUUCAAUACUUGGUUGAAAAUCUUUUAUAGUCAAUAACUGCCUGAAGUCAGGAAUCCAUGGCCAUCUCCAAGUGCUGGGUUUCCACCCAAGUAAUAUUUUGCCAGGCCUUUACUGCCGCUGUCUUCAGUUGCUGCUUGUUUGUUGGAGUUUCUGCAGUUUUGUCUUCAUCAAGUGAAAUGCAUGUCCAAUUUAAAAAGCACUUGUUUUGCUUUCACAGUAUAUUUUGGCUCAUUGUCCAUCCGUACUAUGAAGCGUCAUCCUAUCAGUUUUGCAGAUUUGGCUGAAUUUGAGCACAUAAUAUAUCCCUGUACACUUCAGAAUUCAUCCUGCUACUUCUGCUAGCAGUCAUAUCAUCCAUAAACUCCAGUGACCAACUUGCAUUGGCAGCCAUGCAUGAUCAUACCAUAACACUGUCUCCACCAUGUUUCACAGAUGAUGUGGUAUUCAUCAGAUCAUGAGCCAUUUCUUCUCUUCUCCAUACUGUUCUCUUUUCAACAUUCAGGUAUAUAUUGCUCUUAGUUUCUUUUGUCCAAAAAAUGUUCCAAAGCAGGACAGGCUUUUAAAAAUGUUUUCUGGAAAAGUGUACUCUAUCCUUCCUAAGAUUGAGGUUUACCAGUGGUUUGUGCCUUGUGGUAAACCCUCAGUCUCUGCUCUGCUCAUGAAUUCUUCUCGAUUGUAGACUUUGGCAAUGACAGGUCUACCUCCCAGAGAGUGUACUUGGUUUGUCUAAAUGUUGUGAAGGGGUUCUUCUUCACCAAGGACAGCAUUUUGUGAUCAUUCAGCACACUGUGAUCAUUUUGUGAUCAUUCUCUGGUUUUCCAGGCCUUCUGGUGUUGCCGAGUUCACCAGGGUGCUCCUUCUUUUUAAAAAUAUACCAAAUGGUUGAUUUGACCACUCCUCAUGUUUCUGCUCUCUCUCUAAGUCAGUGUUUCCCAACCUCGGUCCUGGGGACCCCCUGUGGCUGCAGGUUUUUGUUCCAACCAGCUUCUGUAUUGGACUCCUGGGCUAAUUAAGUGUACUGAUAUUUCCCAAGUUCUGUGUUUUGGGAACAAUAUAGAAAUUAGAAAACUAAGUUUGCUAAAAAAAAAAAAAUAUUAAAAUGUACCAAGCAGUUAUUUGGGAAUAAUGUAUUUUUUUCUUUUUAACAGUAUUUUCGUCUUGUUUUUCAUUCUACUUUUCUAGGUGUUCUAAUUGUUUAAUUAAUCCAUUAUUUACUGAUUAGUGGGUCUGAUGCUAAAGUAGUUGCAGCCUUUAAUUAUUCAGUGUGUUGUUUGCCAGCGUGUCUGCUCUGCUCGUUUUUAAUUGUCAUUAGUAAGAUACAACGAAGAGGAAAAACAGCACAGAGAAAGGGCAAAGUAUAAUGAAAUCAACAAAAGAGAAUUAAGCAUUUAAAUCAAUAGCAAAAGCAGAAAUAUUUCUAAAUGUCUUAUAAAUGUACAAAUCAUGCUUCUGUGCUUUUCUGAAUGUAGAAUAAAAGAAAAAUAAUACCAGCUAAUUAAAUGAGAUCAGUGUUAUCAGGCAUUGUCACUGAUUAGGAAUCUGGUUGGAACAAAAACCUGCAGCCACAGUGUGCCCCCAGGACCGAGGUUGAGAAACACUGCUCUAAAGGCCUUGUUUUGUUUUCUCAGCCUGAUGAUGGCCUGAUUUUUCUUGCACGGACAGCUCUUUGGAUCUUAUAUUGUGAGUUCACAGUGACAGCUUCCAAAUGCAAAUUCAACACUUGGAAUCAAUUCUAGACCUUUUAUCUGCUUACUAAUUGAUGAUGUAAUGAGGGAACUGGUCUCACCUGGCUUUGGAACAGCUUGUCAGUCAAAUGUACAAAAACUUUUGAGCCCCUGGAAAUGGGGGGCUGUGCAGAAAAUGUCUGUCAUUCCUAAACAACUCGUGUGAUAUUUUUGGUAAACCCCUUAAAUUAAAGCAGAACGUCUGCACUUCAAUCAUAUCUUGAUUGCUUUACUUCAAAUCCAUUGUGGUGGUGGUGUAUACAGCCAAAAUUCUGAAAAUUGUGUUACUGUCCAAAUACUUAUGGACACAACCGUACGUUUGAAUUCUGUCAUUGGGUGGUUUUACUGUAUGACAGUAUGUUGAUCGAUCUUCACUUACUGUUUUUUAUGCCAUUAAUUAAUGGCAUUUUAGCUGGCCUGGUUCUGGUAGCUUAAUACAUUUUUCGUGAUCAGCCUUUUAGUAAAUAAAAACAAAAUGACAAAAUAUAAUGAAUAAAUGAGAAGAUCAUUCCUCCCCCAAACUAUGCGACUCUUCAAUUCCACCAGAGGGGGUAAACGUUGAACAUUAUUCAAGUUAUUGUCUGUUUUUUACCUGCAUUUUUUAUUAUUCUUUAAUUUAAUAUUUUUUGCUGCUGGAGUAUGUGAAUUUCCCCCUGGGAUUAAUAAAGUAUCUAUCUAUCUAUCUAUCUAUCUGGACAUAACAUACAAAGGAACCCAAACCACCCACUCCCACCAAGCAUAUGGAAUGCAGUAUCUCUCCCUCUCCCUCCCUGGCCCUCCUCAGCUCUUCCACGCAAGUCCAACAAUUUUUUUUUCUGCUGUGUCAGGUGCCAACACACUGCUAGAGGCAACAUCUGAACUCAUUUUCCCCGACUCCAUAAGUUGAGCUGAUCCAAGCCAGGAUCCUUCCAGAGAUCAUUUGUGGCUUCACACCAAGGCCAGUAGGUUUAAGCACAGAAGUGGUUCUCCUAAAUUCUGCCCUUUAAGUGGUUGGUCCGUUCACUUGCACUUGCACACACAACCUCGGCAAGGGUUCUCAGGGUGGCUCAAUCCCUUCCAACAGCAUCUCCAUCUUCCAGGCCCACAUGGUCACACCAGAACUUUCAUGCCAAGAACACCACUGCUAAAGACCUUUCCUGCUGUAGUUUUAUUUAUCCUUGUAAUUUUAAGUAGGCUUUCAUCUUGUAAUCAUGCUGGAGUAAAGGCAUUGAUAUGGUGACA